AUGUCCUUCGACGCCAAGACUGUCACCACCGCCGCCAACCAGGCCGGUAACCACAUCCUGGCCGACAGCCAGGCCCUCUCUUCCGCCGACAAGGGCGCUUCCCAGGGCUGGAAGCAGCUCUUCGAGGAGGAUGGUGUCCCCAUCUUCGAGAACAAGAAGCACUCUGGCCGUUGCGCCGGCUUCGUCGACAUUGAGAACAUCGAUGCCGACCUCCUCUUCGAGCACAUUGCCGACUUCGACAAGCGCCGCGCCUGGGACCAGG